GCGGGCCGACUGUGGAAUAUUUGUUGUUGUUUUCGUGGAGCGGAAGACAGUCGACAUUUUUAAAUUCUCAGGCUCUCAAUUUUUCGAUUAGAAGGUUAUAUUUAUCUCUAAUAUAGUUAAUUCAGUGAUACAAGAGUGAAGAGGAGACUUUGGGACUUGCGCUGUAAUUGGGUCAACCCCCGUUUUCGCAGUAUUUGACGAUGGCGAGUCAGUACCAGCGCUCAGUACCGCUGGAGGUGAGGAGAGCGGAGGGCGAGCGCGUCCGGGCAAAACAUCCUGACAAGAUUCCGAUCAUUGUGGAGAGAGCCCAUAGGUCACGAGCUCCUGAUUUGGAUAAGAAGAAGUACUUGGUGCCCUCAGAUUUAACAGUGGGCCAGUUGUGUUUCCUCAUCCGUCAACGAGUGUCAUUGAGACCAGAGGAGGCGCUUUUCUUCUUCGUCAACAACUCCCUGCCCCCUUCUAGUUCCCCACUUUCUGCCGUCUAUGAGGAGCACCAUGAUGAGGACCUUUUCCUCUACAUGACGUACAGCAACGAAAGCGUCUACGGCGCCUGAAGAGAGCACGCUUGACCCGGAUGACGAAAACAAGAAAGAGGGGAGACGGCAGACAACAUUAAUAUUCUCUGUAUUAUUGUACGAGUAACGGCAAGGCGGGGGUAAAAAAAAAAAAGGCUUAAGGUUGCAGUUUCAUUUACUAUUAAAUGUUUACUUGUUUUGGGGACUGCUUACAUGGCAAAUGAAAAACGAAAAAAAGGAAGAAAAGAAAUGGAGAAGGAAGUCGUCUUAUGAUCCUGGUCAGCGCUCCCCUCAACUUUUUGUUGUGUAUUUAAUGAACAUAGGUUUUUUUUUUUUUUUUUUGUAAAUGAAAGCAAUCAUGGAGUUUUUGUGGCCAAUAAAGUUGACAAAAGCAUGACA